UUCCUUAGGAAAAAAAGCACCACGGAGCGCACAGCCCGUCCCUCACCGCACUGCACUGCUAGAAAAACAUGUUCCCGAGAAGAGCGAGUCCUGCGCGUUAACACUGGGACAACCCUUCCACUGCGGACCAUUUCAGUCUAAAUCCCCGAGCAUCGCCGAGACUGGUCCCGUUUCAACUGUUUUCCCUCUCCCUUCUCUUUCCCUUCUUUCUCUGCGCUGGAUCUUUCGUGUGAGAAAAUGUGUGUGGAGAGCGAUGGAUGCGAGAUUGAAGGCUGCAGCAGUUUGGAUGAGGUGCGCACGCUGUCAGGCAGCAUGAGUCCCGCACUCAAAUCCAGCCCGGACCUUCACCCGUGCCAACCGGGGCACAAAUUCCGUGCCGCGCUGCUCAGAUGCCGCUCACCGGCUGCUGCCGCCGGGAUCCUCAGCUUCGGGAACGUCCUCAAUUACAUGGACCGAUACACAGUAGCCGGGGUUCUGCUUGACAUCCAGCGGCAUUACGGAGUAUCAGACAGUGGAAUUGGCUUGUUGCAAACAGUGUUCAUCUGCAGCUUCAUGGUGGCAGCACCCAUCUUUGGUUACCUGGGCGACCGCUUCAACAGAAAGGUCAUCCUGAGCUGUGGCAUUUUUUUCUGGUCCAUUGUUACUUUGUCAAGCUCCUUCAUCGGUAAAGAGUACUACUGGCUGUUUGUACUCUCCAGGGGCCUGGUGGGUAUCGGAGAGUCCAGUUACUCCUCCAUCUCCCCCACCAUCAUAGGAGACCUGUUCACUAAUAACAGCCGCACCAUGAUGCUCUCUGUCUUCUACCUGGCUAUCCCCCUGGGAAGUGGGCUGGGUUACAUCCUGGGCGCCAGCGCCAAGGUAGCUGCAGGAGACUGGCACUGGGCACUGAGGGUGUCCCCACUUUUAGGGAUCACCGCGGGAACCCUGAUCCUGCUCUUUGUGCCUGAGCCAAAGAGAGGCAUCGCAGACAAGAUGGGACGCAUCAGGACCCGGACCUCCUGGCUCUGUGACAUGAAGGCGCUUGCCAAGAAUCGGAGCUAUGUGUUCUCCUCCCUGGCGUCCUCGGCGGUGUCCUUUGCCACUGGUGCGUUUGGCAUGUGGAUCCCUCUGUACCUGGCCAGAGCUCAGGUGGUGCAGAAGACGGCCGAGCCCUGCACCAAAGAGAUCUGCAGCAGCACAGACAGCCUUAUCUUUGGGGUUAUCACCUGCGUGACGGGUCUGUUAGGCGUGGUCAUCGGGGCCGCCACCACGCGCCUAUGCCGCCAGAAGACAGAGCGAGCCGACCCGCUGGUGUGCGCUGUCAGCAUGCUGGGCUCGGCUAUCUUUAUCUGCCUCAUCUUUGUGGUGGCCAAGAAGAGCAUCGUAGGAGCUUAUGUUUGCAUCUUUAUAGGCGAGACGCUGCUUUUCCUGAACUGGGCCAUAACAGCAGACAUUUUAAUGUUUGUCGUUAUCCCGACACGGAGAGCGACGGCGGUCGCCUUUCAGAGCUUCACCUCUCAUCUCCUGGGUGACGCAGGAAGUCCGUACCUGAUAGGCCUGAUCUCGGACGCCCUUCAGCAGAGCUACGCAACCUCGGCGCUGUGGCGGUUCCUGAGUCUGGGCUAUGCCCUCAUGCUCUGUCCCUUCAUCAUCGUCCUGGGGGGCAUGUUUUUCCUGGCUACCGCGCUGUUUUUCCUGGAUGACAGGGAGAAGGCCGAGAAACAGUUGAGCCAGAUGACACGACCACCCUCCUCAGUCAAGGUAUGACCAGGUGACAGCCACAUGAGGAGGCCAAACUCAACGAGGAAGACAAAAAGCGAGGGCAGCUGGUCCACUUCGUUAAAACCACGCCCAUGUUCUCUUCACCGCCAUCACCGCUACAUAUCCUCCUCUUGGCUCAUGCUGCUCUUCCUUUCCACACACUCAUGGAGGCUGCUCAGAGCUGGAACGAGGGAGCGUCUUGCCCCUCCUUGAAACUCCUCCAAAUUACAGGUCGGUGAGAAAGCACACAGCGGUGUGCUGAAGCUGGCCAGCUGACAGCUGGUGUCCUGCUCACCUCUGUCUGCAAGAAUCCACUGAACCUUCCAGGGAGCAGGUGGGGUGGCAAAAUCCCCUGUGACCCCUCUGACUCCUGAUGCCAUACUACUGAAUGCUGACCAUGAACCUGCCCUGUCUGUCUGCUUGUCUGUCCAACGGUCUGUCCCUAUGUGUCUGUCUGUAAGUUACAUCAGCUGUCAAUCUGCACCAAGUGCCAUAGCGUCUUUACAUUCCUUCAGACUUUGCACUGACCACCAACAACACUAACGAUUUCAUCACUGACUAUGUUUACAUGCACACUAUAACUCAGCCGUUAGCUAUGAAAUGACUUUGAUGAAGCUGUUUGGAUUUGCUGGACGGUAGAAGCUGCGUCGACAUUUGUAAGCUGCAGUCAUAAAGCUCCAUGGGUGUGUCUGUCGCUCCUGUUAAAACGGUCCACAGUUCAUUCUGCCUGGCUUUCAACACUUGGAGCCUGUAACCUGACAGAGGCUGUAAAAUUCAAGUUAUGUGGAGCAAGUGAUGCAACUCGUUAAAAUUAGCUGCAAGAACAUCAUUCUGUGUAGUUCAUCCGUACAAACAAGCCUCCAGCAACAAGCCUCUUAUCAGGUUACUCUGCACAUCUUAAUGGCUGUACUACCAUGAACUUCAAACAUGAAUACAGCGUUUACAUGAUGAAUGCAGUACUCUCAUAAUCGAUCGAUGUUUAGCUGUGCAUGUAAACAUAGCCACCAAACCAAUAGCCCAAAAACUGUUACUUUCUAAAGAUGCGUGAAUCAGCCUUAAACAUUGGAGCUUUUCACAUCAACAGCUGCUUCUUUUGACCCCCACGUGUGUUUUUUAUUUUUGCCUUUUAGCACUUACAUCAGCAUUGACAGUGCCAGCGAACAGGACAGAGAUGAGAGAUUUCUGCACAUUAUUUUUCACAAGAUUUCUUGUGAUUUCUUUUUAAUUCUUUUUUCUGUGUUGGAUUUGAAACUGGAGGUCCUACUGCCUAUGAUUGUUUCAGAAGGACAAUGAUGCAAUCUGAUUUAAGCGGACACUGGACAAUAUAUUUUAUAAUUUAUAAUAUACAGGCUUUUUCCAAAAGUAAAUGAUAUGCUACUUUUUUUACUUUUAAGGAGUACCACCUGUGUUUUUGUGUACACAGGAAGCAAUACAAACCAUUUUUUGAGGAAACCAACCUUUUAAUCCACACUGCCUUAUCAGUGAGCCAGGUUUCUCUUUAAAGGGGGUUAGCUCUCUGAUGGUUGGUUUUGAAUUUCUGAGCACAUCACCCACACAGAGACGGAGUUGAUUUUAAUGAUGGAUUCCAGUCCUGUCCCCGCUGGUUACAAUACCAGGCAUUGUGAAAAGAGACCUUUCCCCCUCGCAAAUGUAGAUAUCCCAUUCCACCAUUAGAAGAAAGGACCUUUGAGAAGAGCUGGAGUCUCGAUCAUCAGUUUAUUACUGAGGGAAAUCAAAAUCCCAGACAGGAACAGGCAAUCCUCCCGCCCCUGGUUAGACUGAUGGCGAGCCCUUAUCAUUGAUAACAGAUAAGAGAGGAAUCCCCCUUUGAAUCCAGACCAGAAAUCCUCAGAUGUCACAGAAGGAGCUGAAAAACUAGUCCCCUUCCAUACCUGUACCAGAGAAUGACAUAGAGAUUUAAAUAUGUAAUAGAAGUGCAACGAAUUACUCUAUGCUUUAAUUACAGUAAGUGCAGUGUAUUUGUAAUCAGUAAUAAUGAAUGCAAAAUCCCACAAAGAAGAAAGAAGUGUGCUACAGCUAGUGGCUUGUGUAUACUGAAAUUUUGACAAAAGCUCCAGUAGAAGCUCCCCUGAAGAAUUGUUUUAUUGUAAAUUACCUGGUGGACAUAAUUUGACUAAAACCUAUAAGCCACUAAUAGUGUCAAAGCUUUUAAAACUGGUGCAUAAAAGGUGAAAAAGCACUUUGAUGACCUCCAAGAAAACACAGAAAGAGGAGGAGGAUGGAAUGACCUUAGCGGAGGAAGAAAGGGAAACGUUGAGGUGGUUCCUGGUUGAUAUGAGCUUGACUCACGGCUUGCUGGCUGUGUGGGGGGGGUGUGUGUGGGUUGUGUCCUUGUUGCCAGAUCAUUAGCUUUAGCUUCUCUCCAACUGCGUGGAGCUCUCUGAAUGUGACUCUGUCCAACCUGACGUGUUUACACACCUACAUCUUCUUAAUGAAUUAAGCUUCUUACCUUCGUUUUAGUAAUAUUCUUUUUCUUAAUGUUACCAAAUGAUUUUUUUAUAUACAGUAUAUAAAACUACAAUAGAGAGAUAAAUAUAUAUAGCUAUAUCGCAACUCUAAUAUAUUGUAAAUGAUGGCUUGGAUGCAAUGUAUUUAUUUGUUUGUUACCAUAAUGGAGAAUAAUCUAUAAAGGGAAGUUUAAGGUGUGUGUAUACUACAUUUAUUGGAUGUCAUUGGGUUUAGAAAUGCCUGUUUUGUUCAUCCUUUUGUAUCACAAU